AUGGCCUCCGGUCCCGAUACCCCAGGCACCGUUCAGAGUCCCGCUGGCUUCGGCCCUGGCCCGGACGAUGAUUCGGCUUCUCUCAAACGCGAUGCCGACGCGGUCAACCCAAGUUCACCCGCUGGUGGUGAUGAUGGCGCAAAAAGGAGGAAGAAGGCUGGCCCUGGGAGUCGAGGUGUCGCCAAUUUGACACCUGAGCAACUCGCUAAGAAGAGAGCGAACGACCGUGAGGCUCAACGGGCGAUUCGUGAGCGGACCAAGAAUCAAAUCGAGGAUCUUCAGCGCCAAAUCCAAGAACUCACCAACCAGCAACCCUAUCAAGAACUGCAGAGUGUUCUUCGUGCCAAAGAAGCCGUUGAACAAGAGAAUGCCGACAUCAAGCGUCGUUUAGCUGGCAUAGUUGCCAUGCUCCAGCCCAUUAUUGCUGGCAUUGAACAAGCAUACGUAUCACCAGCUCAGACGUACGCGCCCCCCGUACAGCAUCCUGUUACUCUGGCCGUCCACAACAAUCACCACAACAAUGCAAACGCUGCUUCAACACCCGGCAGCGUUGCGUCUCCUCCAAGCCAUGACCCUGGACCAAGUCAAGGUCACUGGCAUCACCAGGGACACCAUGCGCCUCCUCAACAUCACCACUCUCCUCACCCACCCACCGGGCCACCAAAUACUGCCGAAGCACAAGCUGCCAGCCAAUUGACUCAACAGCGCCGAAAUCUCCAACAUGGGCUCGAUAUGGGCCCUGAACGUCUUGGGCUCGAAUUCCUACUCGAACCAUCUCAGCGGGUGAACCGGAUACAGAAUGGCGUCAACGGCGCCCAAGACACGCCACAGUUCCGCCAUAUGCCUAUGAAGCACGACUGGACAGGCGUCAAUCAAGAGCGUGCGUUGCAUAGUCGAUCGGCAAGCUGGGGCUCUCAAGGAAAGCCAGGCCAGCCUUCACAGGAGCAACAGCAAGGCCAGCAUCAACCUCCACCACAUCACACACUGUCGGCUGCACAUACACCCGAAAGCUCACACAGCCCUGGCUAUAGCCCUGCCAUGAGUGCUGCUGGUGGACCUGUACCUCGGAGUGAACCCAGCAUAACCGAUCCUGCAGCCCCUAUCAAGAAUUGCCCACCGACCUGUCCCCUUGACUCUUUACUACUCGACUUCCUCAGCGAGCGUCGUCAGCGUGCUGCGGAUGGACUGCCUGCUCAAGAUGUUGUUGGCCCUCGUUAUCCCUCUGUCUCAUCACUUCUCAACCCUGCCAACAGUGCAUACAGUCACCCUCUCUCCAAGGUGUUCACCGAUAUCCUCGCCACUUUCCCUGAUAUUUCGACUCUCCCUGAGCGUGUAGCCGUGCUCUACAUAAUGUUUCUUGUAAUGCGCUGGCAAAUAGAGCCUACCCAGGAGAACUACGACCGGCUCCCCAAAUGGAUGGCGCCAUGUCCUUCUCAACUCACCAUCCCACAUGCUGCUUGGCUUGACCACAUUCCCUUCCCUAAGAUGCGAGAUUAUCUGGUUCGCGAUCACAACCCCCUUCUUCACCCCUUUGAUAAUUUCUUUGUACCAUUUACCACAACUCUCUCGUUGUCUUGGCCAUACGAGGAGACCGACACGUUACUUCAGGACCCAGACAGUGAUGAGCUCAUGAUCAAUCCCGUCUUUGAGCGCCACCUACGGAACCUGGAUAAUUGGAAGUUGGGUGAUGCUUUUGCCAAGGCGUUUCCUAAGCUAGUAGGAACAUUCAACCUCAGCCAAUCUACUUCGCCACGACCAACUUCGUCUAGCAGCCGAUGA